AAUUUUUCUUCAACAAAACAAACUGAUUUGAGGCAUUGCCCUUGUACAUCGCGUCUCGUUCGAGUUGGGCGAUUAUAUUCGCUCGCACUGAAAUCCUUUUGAGAGUAAGGGAAAAAAACAAAAUGACAAGCCAAAGCAGAACUCGAGUCUUCUCUGCUCUUCUCCUGAGUCUUCUCGCCACGGCCUUGCAUGUGGCAUCGACCGCACCUGUAGAACCUGAGGAUGAGAGUGGCUUCAACUACAUACCCGGGAGCGAGAGGGGACCAGAGAAUUGGGGAUAUCUAAAGGAAGAAUGGAGCGCAUGCAGUGAAGGACAGGAGCAAUCUCCAAUUGACUUGGCAAGAGAGGAUGUGGACGUGAUUUGGGGCGCGGGGAACCUAAGGAGGAACUACAAUCCAACCAAAGCAUACGUCAUGAAUAGAGGCCAUGACAUUCGGCUUCGAUGGGACGAAAGAAGAGCAGGGUCGAUCAAGUUAGAUGGUAGAGAUUACUUCUUGCAACAAUGUCAUUGGCACCACCCUUCUGAGCAUGCCAUUGAUGGCAGAAGGUAUCCAUUGGAGCUUCACAUGGUUCACUCGGCCGCAGAGGCUCCGCACAACAUUGUUGUUGUUGGACUACUGUACGAGAUAGGCAAACGAAAUGCUUUUAUUAACCAGGUGUUGGGGGGGAUAUGGCCCGAAAUGAUGACACUUGGGGAAGAGAUAGAAGUGGGGAGGAUCGACCCAAGGGACAUCAUCAAGGAUGGACAGAGUUACUACAGAUACAAGGGCUCCCUCACCACUCCUCCCUGCACUGAAGGUGUCGUAUGGAUCGUCAACCAAAAGAUCAGCAGUGUUUCGGAGGACCAAAUCAGGUUGCUGAGACGUCUCGUCGGCGAUGGUGCCAGGUAUAAUGCCAGACCUAUUCAACCACUGAAUGAUCGAAAAAUCCGGUUUUUUUACGAACCAGAUCGAGAGAGAAGUAUUGAAUCGAUGACGCCUCUACAUAUCAAUGCUGUUGCAAGUUGAACUCGUCCUUUCGAUAACGGUCUUCAGCUAACAAGCUUAUGUCUGGUGUUAACCAGUUGAAUAAUGGUGAUGUAAUAAAAUCCAAUGGUGUAGCACAUGUAAACUCUCUGAGAGCAGAGCGGGGUGCUUCACUUAUGUAUCGUAUGUUCUUGAACGUGACAUUUGGGAUUCUCUUGUUAACAAUUGGUCUUGUAAAAGGGAAAAAUACACUCUAUCACUUGCUUUUCUUAAUGAAACUAAGUAAUUCCUAA